CUGAUAUUCCGGACGGUGACGGCAGUCACACUCUCUUUCACUACUUCGGUGACCGCGGUACGGUACGAGUCGUCUAGCCAGAUUGCGAAGUGGCCAAAAUAAGGGGAGCGUGUCGCGUAUUUGUGUAUGCAUUUGAGUGAAGUGAAAAACAUGGCGCCCGAAGGUAGACACCAUUAGAAGUUGAUCCGUGAUGCGUCCUGAAAGCUGCGUGUUAAUUUGUGUGGCCAAACAGGUGCGGUAUCCAAUACUCGUCGAAAUGAUAAACGCAUAACCGUCAACGUAGACCACUAAGCUAAGCUUAAUCAUCAUCAGUAUUAUACUCAAUCAAAUAGCUCUCUGAACAAGGGGUGGUGCUUUGCUUCGAAUGUGUGCCAUAUUCAGCGUAUGCGAGAAAUUUUCUAUCGUACUGGUUAAUAACACUGCCCAGCAUUAGUUGUUAUAAUUUAGUGUCUAAUAACUUGAGCAGAUUGCAUGUCAACAAAAUAAGAGGAAAGAACAAUGAUCCAGUAUAAUUUGCAUGUUGCGAAAACGUGAGUAAUGUGAUGUGAGUAACAUACAGAAGUUGGGUGGCGAACAAAAGAAAAAUCGAUUCUUGUUUGCUAAAAAGCAGAAUGUGAAGGAAGGGAAGACCGAGCAAAUAAGAUGCUCUGAGUGGGCAGGGAAAUCCAACACCAGUGAAGAGGGUACCCGAAAGAUCACAAAUUAAUCAUACUCAUACGACCUUGAUCUUGUGGUGCAUAGCAUCACGAUCCGGGAAUUCGACGGCAAAUAUGAAUUCCGAUCGUAAUAAAAAGCAGUAUCGAUCUGGAAACAAUCUAUUCAGUGAUGAUGAACUUGAAUUGUCAUCGUCUCAGGUUCUUGAAAAAGUCAAAUCCGAUCGUAUUGCUUCGACCAAACCUGAUGAAGAUUGCCGGCGGCGAACGAUCAUUGUUGAAAAGAAAAACGGUUCAUAUGGAUUUACAUUGCAAAGCUAUGGGAUCCAUUAUAAGAAAGAACAGGAAGUAGAAAUGAUCACGUAUGUCGACUACGUAGAAUACGACGGACCCGCCUACAGGGCAGGGAUGCGAGAAGGUGAUGUCAUCCUGUCGAUCAACGGACAUGAUAUGGAAAAGGCCGAGCAUAAGACGUUGGUCAACUUCAUCAAAAACUGUGAUAACCGCAUGCGGAUGGUGGUGCUGUUUGAAGACUGUUGUCGAAAAGUUGAGUUACACUUGAAAUAUAUACAUUUACAAGAACUGCUCAAAAGCAAGAUGAACGACCUAGAUAGAAUAUGUUUGCGUGAGAGAGAACUUCUGGAGGGCAAAUGGAAAACCCAUAGUCUUCCAGCUCGAAAAAAGGCCACAGUACCGAGUGAUGAUAUCGACCCAGGUUCCACCACAGAUGUUGAAUCGGGUUCUGGGCCUAAUUUGUGCCGUCCAGCCGCAUCUACUGAAGACGUUAAAAAGUUGCUCCGCCAAAAACCCUACAUCGUACCACCACCUGCCCAAUUCAUGCUAGCCUAUCACUGUUUGGACAGUAACUAUCGGUACGUUAUCCAUCCAUCAACAUCGACUGGUGCCAGCGGAAGCACCGAAUACGCAUCCAGUGCUCCCACAUUUAACCCCAGUUGUGCUCAAUCUACAGCCAAAUUUUGUAAGGACCAUCAACAUUUCGUUCGUGGUUCCUCUCUCGACAAUAGUAGUUUAGGUGGCUUUAAAGCCAAUUCCCAGCAGCAGCCAAAAUCCACGUCUCCCACUAAGAGUCUCCACAACUACGAUACUAAAACAGGCAAAUCAUCUUCACGAAAGCAUUUGCAUGGUCAUUCAUGCAAUCCUUGCAUGGGUCAUUUCCUACGUGGUGGUGAUAAAAGUAAUAAAACAACCGGCGUUGAAAAAGAUAACACCAGUCUUGAUGCAUAUGAUCUGGCUAGCCCUUGCUGUGAUCCGCAAUGUGUUCCGACGCGCCGCAAAUCCAAACACCACAAAGACCACCAUCACAAACACAAACAUCGGGACAAAGAGGCGAAGGAUGGCGGCAAGGAUCGUAUCCCUCGCCCCAAGUCUCAGCCACAUAUUUCACCCCAGUCGCAGCCAAAUUAUCUGUAUCGCCAUAAUAAAGAUAAGCACGAACAUCAUCAUGUUAAUGUUUACGACUUAAAUGCUAGUUUGGCCAGUCAUUGUAGCCUUCAUUCAUGUACAUCUAGCGAGUUCAAUCCAGCAGCCGAUCAUUCACCUGCAUCCUAUAGUACUUCUAUUAGUACCGAUACGUUGUAUUGGGAACCACACAGCGAAUCAACAUCGGCAUCUGCUGGUUCAUCACACAAAAAACUUCCGGCACCGACUACAGCCAUUCCGAAUAGACCACCGCACACCCAUCAGCAUCACUACUAUGUCCAAAAGUACGUAAAUCCGCAUACUGGCCAAAUACAACCGAUAGCAAUGUAUGCCGGACCACCUGUUCAUAAACCAAAAUCGUGGGACAAUCUAGCAAUGAAAGGAUUCGGGGGUUAUGGAUACGGCUAUGGUUAUAUGGAGGUUAACAAAAGCGCAAUACCUGCGCAAACUCGCACUCAAACUACGAUUACUAUCCAACAUCGCAACUCAAUACCCAAGAAGAACGGCUACGAAAGAUAUUCAGCCUUCGUGGAUGUGGAGAAUUACGCUCCACCGCCAACACAGUUUCUAGAAGAAACGACCACGACAACGACUACCAUUACUACGAAAUCGACCGAAAAUCUUCUGGGCCCUUAUAAUUUAUCCGAUACUAGUUUAUCUUGUGAGUGCCUGGAGGGACCGUCAAUGAAAGCUAGCGCUAGCAGUGGUCCGAACACACUAGAGAUUCUUCACGACAAGUCUGGUUACUACUCAAGUCUGGGUCAAGGUGGGGCAGGUAGUAAAAAGCAAAUAACAAACAUGACAGAAAUUGCACGUCUUUAAACUUUUUUGUUUUUGCUAAAUGCCCGAAAAGAACGUUUCUAAAUGCAUAUAGACACCAUCAAACUUUUGCCAGACAUAAAGUUUUUUUUACUGAGUAUUGCAAAAUUCAAAGUGAUGCCAAAAUAUCAACAGUAGGAGUAGUAAACAAUGUUGCAUGAAAUAAAAUGCUAUCCAAUUACACAAAAAGUAAUCUUACACUCAACCAUUCUAUUUAUUGAUAAUUGAUACUAUUAGAUUACUACAAUCAAUAUCUAUGACAGUGGAAAAAUAUGAAAUAUUAGAAUGUCACAUUCGUAAAAAAUCAUUUGAACUAGGUUCCGAAAUGAAGACUUUGUCUGAUAGUGAUAAGUCAUAAAGUCAUACAGGUAGUCCAAUUUGCUUAUUACUUUUUCAGAACAGAUAAUUUUUUGCAAUUGGAGGCAGUUAAGGUGAUUAAAAAAAGAUUGUAGUCACGAAGCAUUAGUCGUAAUAAUAAAAUGUAGGAACUUAAAUUAUUAUA